CAGCCUGCAGAGCAGCAGCAGCAGCAGCAGCAGCAGGAGCGGCGGGCGUUGGAGAGCCGUAGGGGCGCUUGCAGGGCGGCCGUGCAGGGAGAUCGGCCGGGCCAGCAGCAGCAGAAGGAGGAGGAGGAGGAGGAGGGUGAGGCAGGACGGCGCGAUGAAGGGUCCCGGGUCGUCGGAGGUGAUCCGCGAGGGCGAGCUGGAGAAGCGGAGCGACAGCCUGUUCCAGCUGUGGAAGAAGAAGCAGGUGGUGCUGAGCGCGGACAGCCUGCGCCUCUUCUCGCCCGAGGGCGGCGGCAGGGCCAAGGCCAAGGAGCUGCGCUUCGGCGCCAUCCAGAAGGUGGACUGCGUGGAGCGCACGGGCAAGUACGUCUACUUCACCAUCGUCACCACGGACCGCAAGGAGAUCGACUUCCGCUGCCCGGGCGAGAGCUGCUGGAACGCCUCCAUCACCCUGGCCCUCAUCGACUUCCAGAACAAGCGCGCCGUCCAGGACUUCAGGAGCCGCCAGGAGGCCGCGGAGCAGCAGCACCACGCUGCCGUCGCCGCCGCGCCCCCGACCCGCCACAGGCGCCUGGCCAGGGCCCCCUGAGCCCCCCACCCCAGGCCGCACACCCACGCGUGCCCGGCCGGCCGGGCAGGCACAGCCCCAGGUGAGCCCCGCGGCCCCACUCCACCGGGAGCAGAGCAGAGCUCCCGAGUGGACAGCAAAAUAUUUUGAAGACUAUACUUCUGGAUGACUAACCAAAUCAAAUGUCUUGGAUUGCACCAAGAUGGGAUACCAAUGAAGGAAAGCAACAAAGGAUGCUAGCAAUAAGAUGGUCUCUUCCAGGUCUGAUGAAGUGGCUAUGAAGAGGUCAAGCUUCCUUUGAGAGGCAUUUAUACGCCAAAGACUUUUUUUGAAGAAAAAAAAAAGAUUUAGGGCAAAGUGUGGCAGUGUCUACUUUUUGCCCAGCUGUGCAAAAUGUUCUAAUUUUCUAUAUGGGAUGCAAAGAAUAUGCAGAAACUGCAGCUGCAAAACCAGUUUAAAUUAUUUGUAAUAUCUAUAUUUGUAUUUAUUUUGAUAAAUAUCUUUAAACAGAUGUAUGUCUUAAUAUUGCUACUUCUAUUUUAAAUGUGUCCAUUCCAAAUAAAAUACUUUUGUAUUACUGAA